AUGACCACGACCGAGUCCGAAACAGCUUCUCUGGCAGAAAUCAACCGCGUCUUCUGGGAUGCGAACGCACAUACCUUUCUAGAGCAAGACUGGAUCAAAAUCUUCUCCGAGCAACUCACUUGCUUCCUACGCGCCCAGGCCCCGAACCUAGGUCUCCGGCCCCGGGAUACAGACCCGUCGAACCCCGUCCGGCUUUUGGAUUAUGCUUGCGCAUCGGGCGGUGCUUCUUGGGCCCUCAGCCCCUUUGUCGACUCGAUCCUCGGCAUCGACAUCGCCCCCGCCAUCGUCCAACGCUACAACGACUGCGCGGCGCGGCUGGGAUACGCUCCAGCGCAAGUGCAUGCCGUGGCGGGCGAUUUGUCCUCGGAUGAAGAGUUGGCUAAGGAGGGGGUGUUUGAUGUGGUUAUCAUAUCGAUGGCGCUUCAUCACCUUGAUGAUCCGUUGGGGAUGUUGAAAUUGCUUGCGAAGAGGGUGAGGGUUGGUGGCGUGUUGAUUGCUGUUGAGGGGGUGGAUUAUAAGCCCACAGGGCUGGAGGCAGAGGGGCAUGGGGGUGAGGGUCAUGGAAGGGGGACUCAUGAACAUGGUGUUCAUGAGCACGAGGUCCACCAGCACGGCGUUCUCAAGACUACGAAUCAGCAUCUGGUUUUCAGCGAAGAGCUUUUCAGGGGUUGGUUUCGCGAUGUUGGGUGUGAUGAGGGCAGGUUUGUAUAUGUUGAGAAUGAAGAGGUUAGUCAUGUUCCGGAGGAGGCUUCUGGGAAGGCUGGUGGAUUGGAUAGGAAGAUGGCCAUUGCCUCUUCAGUCAGGAAGGAGUGAGGAUAGACAAGCAAUGGUUUGGUAGGAAUAGGAUGUGUUUCUCGACGUCGAUAUGUCGAUUGAAGCAAGACGCAACCCGGUUUCUCUCAACCAAGUUCCCGGCCACAGCCAAAUCAAUCAAGAACCUCGGGAGAAAGCAACCAGCACCCAUAAAACGAAUCCUCCUUGACUUUUCUUCGAGCAAGUUCC